ACACCACUAGAUACGAUCAAAUCAACUUUCUCCUCGACGCUUCGACCACCUUUUCGCAAAUCUCCGUCGCCGCCGCCAUGGGCGACUACGGCAACGCGAUGAUGCGGAACCCGGACGCCGGCGUGCAGUCUCGUACGAAGGGACCGAACCGCGCCAACACCCUCCAACUCAAGCUCAUAGGGCAGGGCCACCCGACGGGGCUCACGUCGAACCUGCUGAAGCUGUUCGAGCCGCGGCCACCUCCGGAGUACAAGCCGCCCAUCGAGAAGCCCAAGUUGCCGGCUUAUACUGGGAUUGCACAGUUUGUGUCGCAGUUUGCAGAGCCUGGGGAUCCCGAGUAUGCGCAUCCUUUCACCAAGGGCGAGACUAGGGCUGCAAAGAAAGCAAGAAUCCGCCAGCUUAAGCUUGAAGAAGGUGCAGCAAAAGUUGCUGAAGAGCUUCAGAAGUAUGACCCACAGAGUGACCCCAAUGCCACUGGAGAUCCAUACAAAACACUCUUUGUUGCAAGACUUAAUUAUGAGACAUCAGAGCAUAGGAUUAAAAAGGAGUUUGAAGCUUAUGGGCCUAUUAAAAGGGUUCGUCUUGUGACUGACAAGGAAACAAAAAAACCCAGAGGAUAUGCAUUUGUAGAAUAUGCCCACACCCGGGACAUGAAAAAUGCAUACAAACAAGCAGAUGGAAGAAAAUUGGACAACAAGAGGCUACUAGCUGAUGUGGAGCGUGGAAGAACUGUUCCAAAUUGGCGACCCAGGAGACUAGGUGGUGGAGUUGGAUCAAGCAGGAUCGGUGCUGAAGGUGCUGACCACAAGUGUGCUGCUAGGGUGCAACAGCUUGUUGGGCAACCCAGAUCAGAGGAGCCUAGGAGGGAUGAUCAUCAUGCAGAUAGGAAUUUUGAGAAAUCUCGGAAAAGAGUGCGGGAAAAGGACCAGGAUGAAAGAACCCGUGAGCGUUCGCAUGACCGGACGUGUGAUCGUGAAUCUAGAGAAGGGAGGCACAACUGUAGAGAUCAUGAUAGGACACUGGACAAGAACCAAGGGAGGGACAGGGAAGGAAAUCGUGGGCGUGAACGUGAUCGCAGCUGUCAUGAUAAAAGUAAGCACAGGGAUCAUGGUCGUGACUAUGAUAGAAGAGGAGAGAGGCAACACAAGCGGACACAUAACCACCAUCGUGAUCGUGGCAGGGACCAUGGCAAAGAUUAUGAGCAUGCAGAUAACCGAGAUGGAGGUCGUCACUUGCAUGAGAGGGGUGCAUAUGGCAACGGUGAUCCUAGGCAUGAAAGAAAUAUGGCUGGUUAUGGUCAGGAUUAUGGCUACAAUGAGCAGCGCAAAAGUCAUGAUGCUUAUGGUUAUGGUCAAGAUGGUCUUGGCCAGGAAACUGAGCACUCAGAAGCCACAUGAGCAUGGGUACGGUACUAUCGGGAAGACCCUGGGUCAUAUCAGCACAGAACCUGGAGCCCCAGAGCAAGGUGAGGCAUACGAGAAAGGUGACUACUAAUUCCACAGAGCUCUAAGUACAAGAACUGAAGCUGCCCAGUGGAUUUCAGGUGUCCUACUGAAUGUAGAUGUCAACUCCUGCAAGCCUUUUGCGUCUUGUAUUCGCUAGUUCCAAUGUAAAAUCUGUUUUGUUUCAGGCCUGUUUGUUUCCUUGCUUUCUGUUCGCUGUCCCAACUGCAAUCAUACAAAUGCAAUAUCUGGAAACAAUGGAUUAAGGGAUUCCAUGGAUUAACAAUGUGAACUCGUGUGACGAGACUCGAGCUGGUGUUUUUUACUUUUGGUCUUUGUUUCUACUGGCCACAAACGCUUUAUUCGUGUGGCCGAAAAGAUUCACCAGAAAGGCUGAGUUACUAUUCUGA